CUAAAAUACCAACAUUCAAGAAAAGGCCAUAAAAAAUCACAGAUAAUAAGGCACUAGAAUAAAAAGGACCCAAAAGAAAGCGAAAAAAAGAAGGAAGAAGCACAUAGCCAUGGCAGCUACUUCAACAUACAUGGCUUCAACCCAUUUCAGCAUGUUAGGUUGGACCACAAAGAGAAACAAUAAACAAUUCAAAAGGAGAAACUUUUUCUCAGUUUCAGCACAAGAAGCAGAAGUUGAAGAGCUAAAAGUAGAAGAGAGAGAUGAAGAAAAGAAAGAAGACAAACAAGAAGAAGCAAUGAAGAAGCCAAGGCCAGUAGAACCACAAAUAAAUGUUGAGAGCAAGAACAUGACCAGAGAAUAUGGAGGACAAUGGCUAAGUUGUGCUACUAGACAUGUCAGAAUAUAUGCAGCUUAUAUUGAUCCUGAAACUUUUGCUUUUGACCAAACACAAACGGAUAAACUCACACUUUUGCUUGACCCUACUGAUGAAUUUGUGUGGACUGAUGAAACUUGCACCAAGGUCUAUUCUUACUUCCAAGAACUUGUUGAUCACUAUGAGGGAGCUCCAUUGACGGAGUACACGCUUCGGCUGAUAGGUUCAGACAUAGAGCACUACAUAAGAAAGCUUCUAUAUACUGGAGAAAUUCAAUACAACAUGAACGCAAGAGUUCUUAACUUCAGCAUGGGGAAACCAAGAGUUGGAUUCAAUUACAAUGGCCAAAUGGAAGAUGUAAACCAGUAAAUUCAGGUAACAACAAUGUUGACCAUAUUGAAAUAAUGAGUAGCGAAAAAUGAAGAUAUCAGAAUGUAUAUGAAACUUUCACCUUCCUUCUAAAUAUGUAUAUGAUCUUCUGUGUCUGUCUUCAAAA